CAGACUACUCAAAGAAACAAAGCUUGUGUGGUUGAGGAAUUUCCAAAAGAAGAAAACAUGCAAAGUUCAACUACAGACAGGUAAGUACUAACAAACUUUUUUCCUCUUUUGUAUUAUGGUUGAAGAAAUCCGCAAUUGGAGACCAUAGGAGUGUAUCCUACACUCGUCUGUACUAUAUCAUACCACUCCGUUGACCACACAUUCCGAAUCCGAUCAACUCAGAUCUGUUGUUUGUGGUCACACGGCAAUGGCUCUUGCACCGUUGAUUUUUUUUUUAAUUAUUUUAUUCUGAAUAUUAUGUCUGAUUUGUGUUAAUUGUUGGAUUGAUUGGCAUAUUUUGUGCAAUUUCUUUGAGCUUCUAUAUGGUCAGUCAUGGUGUUGAGGAUGAUGAAGAGAUGUCUUCCUCUUGGCGCCUCUCUUCCUAGGUAUGCAGUGGUGACUGGAGCAAACAAAGGAAUUGGGUUUGAGAUUGUAAGGCAAUUAGCUUCAGCUGGAAUCAAAGUGGUGCUUACAGCAAGAGAUGAAAAAAGAGGUCUUCAAGCAUUAGAAACAUUUAAAGCCUCUCCUCUAUCUGACUUUGUUGUCUUUCAUCAACUAGAUGUUGCUGAUGCUUCAAGUGUAGCCUCUCUUGCACAUUUUGUCAAAUCCCAAUUUGGCAAACUUGAUAUUUUGGUUAACAAUGCUGGAAUUUCGGGAAUUGAAAUCAAUGACAACGAUUUAUUCACUUCAGCAAUCAUUACAAGCGGGCAAGCACUAUCCGAUGACGAGUUGAGAAAGGCAACGUUACAAACGUACGAGUUAGCUAAAGAAUGCAUACAAAUAAAUUAUGAAGGAGCUAAAACAACAUUUGAAUACCUUCUUCCCCUCCUCGAAUUAUCUGAUUCACCAAGAGUUGUCAAUGUUUCAUCAUUUUUGGGCAAGAUACAGAAUGUAUCAAAUGAAUGGGCCAAAGGAGUCUUUAGUGAUGUUGAUAAUCUUACAGAAGAGAGAAUUGAUGAAGUGUUAAAGGAGUUCAUCAAAGAUUAUGAAGAAGGGCCCUUAGAAAGAAAAGGUUGGCCUAGGUUUGCAGCUGCCUAUGUUGUUGCUAAAGCUUCUAUGAAUGCAUAUACAAGAAUUAUUGCGAAGAAAUAUCCUAGUUUGUGCAUCAGCUGUGUUUGUCCUGGUUAUGUCAAAACAUAUAUAACUGCUAAUACUGGUUUCUUUACCGUCGAAGAAGGUGCUUCUAAUCCGGUUAGAUUAGCACUACUUCCCAACGGUAGUCCAUCUGGCCUCUUCUAUUUCCGAAAUGAAGUAUCUUCAUUUUAAAUGAUAUGAUAUAAUAUAGAGAAUACUAACAAGUGUCCUAUUUGUUUACAUAAUCAAAAGAGGCAACUUUUGACUUGCAGUCUUUAGGACACUUGUUAGUGUAAUCCAUCAUUGUUUCUUCUGAGAAGGAUAUGUGUGGACUUCACAAAAUGCAUCAGUCGAAAAGUAACUUUAUUGUGUAGUCCUUUUGAGAUUUUUAUAUGUUGCAAGUUUUCUUUAAUUUAAACUAUCUCUUAUAGUA